AUGUUUGCCAUCAAGCAGUCCACGCUCUACCAGGAGCUUAGCCCCCGCUUGCUCUUCAUCGGGUGCUUUGUCUCCCUGGGAGCUAUGGGUUUCGGCUUUGACAACUCCUGGUGGGGAGGAGCUCUUGGUCUGACGCCCUUCGCCCAGAAAUAUGGCGCUUGGGACCCAGCCAUCAACGAUUGGAGCAUUCCAUCCGAGAAGCAGUCUGCAGGUACUGGUACUGGCUCGGCUGGUAUCAUUUUUGGCUGUUUGGCUUCGCCAUGGCUUUGCUCACAUCUUGGUCGAAAGCCGACUUUAUUAGUCAUGGCGGGUGUUUUGUCACUGGGAAUUGUUCUGGAAGCCUCUGCGGUGACCUCGUUCUGGCAAUUGGUUGUUGGUCGCAUUGUUGUUUACUCCGGUAUCGGCAUUGCUUCCAAUGUAGUACCAAUGUAUCAGUCUGAAUGUGCACCGGCGAAGAUCAGAGGCGCCUUCUUGACUGCCUAUUCAUUCUGGAACACAUUUGGCGGGUUUCUUGCCACACUUGUGGUCUACCUGUGCCAGAGUCUGAAGUCAGAAUGGGCUUACCUGACGGUCAUCUUAUGCCAGCUUACAGUCCCAGUUGGCAUUAUUCUCUCAUAUCCCCUACUACCCGAAACACCCCGAUACCUCGUCUACCGCGGACGCUAUGAAGAAGCCGAGGCUUCAAUCAAAGACCUCUACGGUGCUCACUAUAACGCUUCAGAGGAAGUACAGCUGCUACGUCUUCAAGUUGAGGAACAGCGCGAGCUGCACCGAGCAACCAGUCUGAUGGAUUGCUUCCGGGGCACAAACCUGCGACGAACAAUAAUUGCUAUCGGAGUGCAGGUGUUACAGCAGGCACAGGGAAUCUCAUUCAUCAACAACUUUAUUGUGACAUUCAUGAAGCAGCUUGGCUUCGCUGAUCCACUGAAGUACAACGUCAUCGUUCUCGCAUGCGGCCUUGUCGCCAAUGUCUUCUCAUUCUUUACAUUUGACAAAGUUGGCCGAAGAAUCAGUAUGUUCACGGGAGCCUUCCUGAUGGCUGCGAUGAUGAUCGGUGUUGGUGGUACCACGGCCAACGGGUAUCAGGCCCUUUCUCCGAUGACGCAAAACGGAUGUGUUGCGAUGCUGGUUCUAUGGUAUGUGUUCUAUGCCCUGUCUUGGGGCCCUGGAGUAUGGAUCCUCGGUGGUGAGAUUGGAACUGGCCAAUUGCGUGAAAGGACUCUCCUUUUAUCGUCACUGGGCAGUUUCGUGACAUUCGUUCCCAUCAAUUUCGUGAACCCCUACGUCCAAGCCCAGAUUGGGGGCCGCACGGCAAUCAUCUAUGGCAGUUUCUCCGUGGCUGCUAUGGCCUUUGUUUAUUUCUGUCUUCCAGAGACCAAGGACCGAUCCCUCGAAGAGCUUGACGAGAUGUUCCAGCAGAAAGUUCCAACUACCCAGUUUGGGGACUACGUGUGCACUGGCCUCGGGGCGCAGAUUAGGCAUCUAGAGCAUAAGGACGCCGAGGCAGAUUUGAAAAGCCGACAGAUCGAACAUGUUGAAGCUGCGAUCUAG